ACAAUUACGUAUCUAGAAAAAUCUCCAAAGGUUUGGAAGAUUAAGCAACAUUUCUAAAUAGCUCAUGGGUCAAAAAAGAAAUUGCAGAUGAAAUUAGAAACUAUUUUGAGUCCGGCGCCUCGUUCCAUCCCGCGCCUGCACCUUCCGCCCGGCGCCGGCUGUCCGCGGGCCUGUCGCCGCAUUCUGUCGUCGCAGGGCCCUCGCGGCGCCCGAGCCCGAGCCCGCAAUGUCGGGCCCCAACGGGGACCUGGGCUUGCCGGUGGAGGCGGGCGCGGAAGGCGAGGACGACGGCUUCGGGGAAGCAGAAUAUGCUGCCAUCAACUCCAUGUUGGACCAGAUCAACUCCUGUCUAGACCACCUAGAGGAGAAGAAUGACCACCUCCAUGCCCGCCUCCAGGAGCUGCUUGAGUCCAACCGGCAGACACGCCUUGAGUUCCAGCAGCAGCUUGGGGAGGCCCCUCCUGAUGCCAGUCCUUAGGUUUUGGGAGCUCCCAGCCAGCUCCAACCCUGCCUCCCUGGGCUAGGCUCUGGCCUAGGCACUCACCACCUGGCUUCAACACCUGCUCAGGGGCUGGCCUACAGGUCCCCCAGUGGGUCUGCCUGCCUUGGACACCCUUCUGGUACUCCCCUUGGCAUGCCUGGGCCAGCCCCCAACAUCCGACAUCCCCUCCCGGGGUCAGGUGCGGGCCCUCCACCCACCCACCUUGCCUACCUGCCCAAUUCUGGGGCACUCUUCAUUCUGCCCAGGCCUUGAGCGUCCACAUUAAACGGGUCUCCAACAAAAAAAAAAAAAAAAGAAAAAAAAGAAAC